GAACUGGUUGAAACCAUAGAAACGAAAAGGACGUUUACUGCCUCAAACCUAGCUAGCUAUACCUCACAACUAUCUUCUCAAACCAUGUUUGGCUAACCUCAAGUUACGAAGAUUAUUAAGUUUGUAGUUGCGUGAAACUCAAAACACCGCAUAACAUUGUUAAGAUAUACACUCAGUUUAAAACGCAGUGCUAUUUAACUUGUUUUGGUGAAGUAGCGUUACCUUAGUCCUGCCAGAGCUUCUUUAGUCUUAGUUAGCUAGACAGCUAGCUAACUAACGUUAGCGUUAAUGUUCGGCGAGUGGAAAUGUUCAAAGCAAAAAUACUCUUUAUUGGACCCAGUGAGAGUGGGAAAACGGUUGUUGCUAAUUUUCUCUCAGACACAGCAGCAGAAAAUGUUGGCGGUGAAUACAGACCUACUCAAGGAGUAAGGAUACUGGAAUUUGAAUCGCAACCUGAAGGCAGUGGUGACUACGCAAAAUGUGAGGUUGAACUUUGGGACUGUUCAGGAGAUUUUAAAUUUGAAUCAUGCUGGCCAGCACUGAUAAAGGAAUCCAGCGGUGUGGUGAUCGUUUUUAAUCCUGAUGUUCCAAGUCACCUCAAAGAAAUAGAGACGUGGCAUUCGAUGUUCAUCUCCUCUCAAGGUUUGCAAGACAACCAGUGUUUACUCAUGGCUCACCACAAGCCUGGCAGCAGCGUAGAAGGUGGACGGCUGCCUUUAGCCUCACAUUUGGCUAGACUGCCACUUAUUCACUGCAACCUGGAAGAGGAACCAGAGGAGUUGGGGAAAUCUUUCCGCAGAUACUUGGGAAAUGUUAUAAAUACAAUGUCGGAAAGCCGAGAGCAAGAGGAGAUGUCCAUUAUUACAUAAUAGCAAAAUCUAUCAAAUGUGCAGCUUAAUGAAGACAUUUUCUUUGCAUCUUCAAUCUCUGUUCAAGUAACAUUCAUCAACAUCUCCCAUUUUUAAAGUUGUUACCGGUAAUUUUUAUUUUAUUUUACUUUAUUACUUUAUUAAUCCCCAGCUCCUUGGCAGUGCCCAGGUGGUGAACUGGCACCUCUCCAGCUACCAGUCCACCACCAUACUUAGGUCUGUACGGGGACUUGAACCAGUAACCCUCCGGUUCCCAACCCAACUCCCUAUGGACUGAGCUACUACCACCCAGUAAUAACACAUCUUUGCGGUCAGCUGUAGGCCUACAUGAACUCUAACUUACUCUGGAAAGUAGGUCUCAAGAAAUACAAAAUAACUAAACUUCUCUUACUAUAGACAUCGUUUAUUUUGAAAAAUUGGUGUAAGUUGCUGAGAAUGUGACAAUUAAAAGUGUAAAAGAAGAAAGAACAGUACAUUUAGACAUAUCCAAUAAUGCCUCUUUUGCCAGUGCACUCUCCAAUGUAGAACCACAUCAGCACCUCAGUGGCCAUGAGUCCAUUCCAUAAAGCAUCCUAAAAAAGCCAAAAUCUAAUUUAACUCUAGACAAUUUCUUUAAUUAGUUAUAAUAGUUUUAUAUGUUAAUGAGGCCUGACAAUGUAACAUGACAGAUUAAUUGUAGAGUGUAAAAAUGAGUCCCUUCCCAUGCAUACAAUUAUCCACUACCUGUCACAGACACCACACUAUGAGAACGCACACAAACGCAUAUUUUAUGUCACCUGUUUAUGAUGUUUGUGUAAUUGUUAACUUUUGACAUUGUCUGACAUCUUUCCAUAAAUAACUUUGUUUUGUUAUCUUGGGAGUGUUUUUCCACUGAUUUUCCAUUGAACUAACUAAGAUGGAAUUUCAUCUUCCUA